AUGGAUCCCGUGGCCGGCAGCUGCAUGAGCAGCGCUCACCCCCCAGCCUCGGUCUGGGGCUGCCUUCGGAACCCUCACUCCGAAGGCAACGGGGCUUCCGGGCUGCCCCACUACCCCCCGACCCCAUUCUCCUUCCACCAGAAACCAGACUUCCCGGCGACAGCAACGGCCGCGUACCCCGACUUCUCGGCCUCCUGCCUGGCGGCCGCCCCGCACAGCCUACCCCGGGAAGAGCGUGUCUUCAGCGAGCAGCACCCCGCCUUCCCACAGCCCCCCGACUGGCACCUCCCAGUCUCGGAGGCCCGGCGACGGCUCAACCCGGGCCCUGUUGGGGGCUCCAGGGAGAUGGGGGCCAGCAGCCCGAGCCCAGUGGACGCCACAGGAAGCCCAGGCGAGGACUGCGGGGUGCUUGGGAGCACUGCCAAUGAGACAGAGAAGAAGUCGUCUCGACGGAAAAAGGAGAGUUCAGACUCCCAGGACAACCGCGGGAAGUCGGACGGCAGCAGCAAAGCCCGCAAGGAGAGGACGGCCUUCACCAAGGAGCAGCUGCGGGAGCUGGAGGCCGAGUUCGCGCACCACAACUACCUGACACGGCUCCGGAGAUACGAGAUCGCCGUGAACCUGGACCUGUCCGAGCGGCAGGUCAAGGUGUGGUUCCAGAACCGAAGGAUGAAGUGGAAGCGUGUGAAGGGAGGUCAGCCCGUCUCCCCCCACGGGCAGGACCCCGAGGACGGGGACUCUGCAGCCUCACCCAGCUCGGAGUAAGGCUCUCCCCGGAGAAAAAAAGCUGAGAGCUGAGCCCCCUGCACACAGCCCGAGCCCAGUCCCACUUUCACCCUCUCCCUGGCCACCCCAGGGCGGCCUCUCCACAUCUGGCGUUGACUCUUGGAUGUGAAGGCGCCCAGCAUUCCUGGGAGCCUGAGGCUUCCCAGAAAGCUCUGUCCAGCACUGCUCCACGUUAGCUGCGCCCUCGCCAGGGCCUUAGCUUCCCACACUCUGGUGGAAUCAUCCAGCAUCUACUGGAGCGGCCGAAUCUGGAAGCAGCCCCGGGGAUGCUGGUUCCCGGGGAUCUCUUGGCCGCCACCCACACCUCCUCCUGCCGUCUUCCGUCUGCACCAGCCAGGCCUCCUCCGGGUCUGGACGCCACCUGGCCUUCAGGGAGAGGAGUCCGCCUGCAGCUGGCGCCCCAUAAACAGCAAAGGUUUCCCAAGAAAGGAAGCACUGGUGACACGUACCCCGGCCCAGCUUUCCUCCCAGGCUCCAUGUCUGAGGCUUUGGGGGUCCUUAGCUGUCCCCAAGCCCCGGGGGAAAUCUGUCAGAGGAUUAAGGACAGCAGCUUCACGCCUGCAGCUCAGAAACCUGCCCCUGCUGCAGAUCCAGUGGCCACGCGUCUUAACCGGGAAAAGACUGAGACACCGCCUGCUGUAGAUCCCCCAGGCCUGUCCAUGCUGGCGUCACAGGUAGCUGGGAAGGAGCCAGGCCCAUGUAGCCGAGACGGCUGGGCAACGGCCACCAGAAGUGGAGCAGAGACUCCUUUUCAUGCACUGUCUCUGGAUUGAGAUGCUGCCAGGUGCUCCCCCUGUGAAAGGCCGGAAAGCGGCUGCCGUGUCAUAAAGAAGGGGACAUCAUGUGACAGCCGCCAGCUGAGGCCCAGGGCCAGGGAGCCCUGGAGUAGAAGGUUCUCCAGCCACAGUGUGCUGUGUUCUCCAAGGAAUCUGACUGCGGGCAGCCCCGGACAGCAGCCCCUCUCCCCCACCCAGUGCAGCCAGCCCCUCCUGUCCCGUGUGCUCCUGUAACGCUGCCCCUGUGGGAGGCUCACGUGUUGCCAGGACUUCUGUGCACCCCUCUGGGGGACUGAAAGCCCAAGGGUGCCUGCAGCCUGGGACAGAGCCGCCCCUGCCUGCCCCGGCGCCUUCUCCCAGCCCCAGCAGCUGCUGCAGACGGAGGUCAGCAAGAGUUUGGAUCUCUGGUGUGGGGAUUUAAUCACCCAUGUGUAAAAAUAACUGUGCCUCCCCAUCCCAGAAAGGACAAGAGCUGUGAGAAUGAUUGCCAGACGAGAUGGCUGGUUAGAGGGUGUGUGAUUUUUUUUCUAAAGCAUACUUCAUAUAUUUUCUUAAGAUUACAUCAAUCUAGCUAUGCGAGGACAAUUUGUAAGAAAA